GGGAGGCGGGGCGGCGGCGGCGGCCGCCCGUGCCCGGCGUGUGCCAGGAGCCCGCCGGUGCCGCAGGAGGAGCAGGAAGCGCCCGGGCGAAUCCAGCCUCGCUAUCACAUGACUCAGCAGCAGCCGCCGCCGCCGCCGGGCUGAGUUCACCCAGCGCCGCGCCGGGAGGGGGAAACCUGCCGCCGCCGCGAUGAGCCCGCGGCCCCGCGGCCGCCCCUGAGCCCGCCGCCCGCCCGGCUCCUUGCGGCCCGGCGCCCCCAUUGCGGAAGCGCGGCGGGGGCUGCCGGAGCCGCCGCAGCAGCAGCAGCAGCAGCGCUGCCCGCCGGCGCGCCCCGUUCCCCGCCCUGCGCGGCGGGUCCGGCGCCGCCGCCGCCGCCGGCGGUACUAUGCUCACGCGGGUGAAGUCCGCCGUGGCCAAUUUCAUGGGCGGCAUCAUGGCUGGCAGCGCGGGCGCCGACCACGGCAGCGGCGCGGACUUGCCCCUCCGCUUCCCCUACGGGAGACCCGAGUUCCUGGGACUGUCCCCGGACGAGGUGGAGUGCUCCGCCGACCACAUCGCCCGCCCCAUCCUCAUCCUCAGCAAGGAGACCCGGCGCCUGCCCUGGACCACGGGCUACGCGGAGGUAAUAAAUGCAGGGAAGAGCACACACAAUGAAGAUCAAGCCAGCUGUGAAGUCCUCUUUGUCAAGAAGAAAGCUGGAGGCGCUAAUUCUACACCAAACAAGAACUCUUCAACAAAACGGAGGUCGUCGCUGCCCAAUGGAGAAGGUCUCCAGCUGAAAGACAAUUCGGACACAGAUGGGAUUAACCUGUACUACUGGUCCCUCUUUGAUGGACACGCUGGGUCGGGGGCAGCUGUGGUCGCUUCCAAACUGCUGCAGCACCAUAUCCUGGAGCAGCUGCAGGAGAUUGUAGACAUCCUGAAGAACACGGCUGUCCUCCCACCCACCUGCCUGGGAGAGGAGCCCGACAACCCAGCCACCAACAGCAGGAUGCUGACGCGGGCGGCCUCCCUGCGUGGUGGUGUGGGGGCCCCCGGCUCACCCAGCACCCCUCCGACACGCUUCUUCACUGAGAAGAAGAUCCCACAUGAGUGCCUGGUUAUUGGGGCCAUAGAAGGUGCAUUCAAGGAAAUGGAUUUGCAAAUAGAACGAGAGAGGACCGUGUACAAUAUUUCUGGCGGCUGCACAGCCCUUGUGGUGGUGUAUUUAUUGGGGAAGCUUUACGUGGCAAAUGCUGGUGACAGCAGGGCUAUAAUAAUCCGAAAUGGCGAAGUCAUUCCAAUGUCUUCAGAAUUCACUCCAGAGACUGAACGCCAGCGACUUCAGUAUCUGGCUUACAUGCAGCCCCACUUGCUGGGAAAUGAGUUCACACAUUUAGAGUUUCCACGGAGGGUGCAGCGCAAGGAAGUUGGAAAGAGGAUGCUCUACCGUGACUUCAACAUGACUGGCUGGGCAUACAAAACCAUUGAGGAAGAUGACUUGAAGUUUCCCCUUAUAUAUGGAGAAGGCAAGAAGGCUCGGGUUAUGGCAACAAUUGGAGUGACCCGAGGACUGGGAGACCAUGACCUGAAAGUGCACGACUCCAAUAUAUACAUAAAACCUUUCCUGUCCUCAUCUCCUGAGGUGAGAGUUUAUGACCUCCUGCAGUACGAGCAUGGGCCAGAUGAUGUUCUGAUCCUAGCUACCGAUGGACUCUGGGAUGUACUGUUAAACGAAGAAGUGGCAGAAGCUGUCACUAACUUUCUACCAAACUGUGACCCCGAUGAUCCCCACAGGUACACGCUGGCGGCACAGGAUCUGGUGAUGCGAGCCAGGGGAGUGCUGAAGGACCGGGGCUGGCGAAUAUCCAACGACAGGCUGGGCUCUGGAGACGACAUCUCUGUCUACGUCAUCCCUUUAAUACACGGGAACAAACAGUCGUGAAAGUAGCAUCAAGAGUGGUUAUAGGAUGGGGAUCUUUUUGGGAAGGGCCUGUAAGAGACAAUAUGUUUUUGGUGAUCUGACCAGGACACUUCCGAUUAAUGUAAUCUAUUCAAAACUAAUGCUGGAGGGGUAUUUUUCUGCCCAAAAGCUAGGGCUCUGCACAUAUACUGUAUAUGAUUAAAGAUAACCCUUAAGAUUACAGUUCCCUGUAGAAAUGUUUUUGGUGCUUAACAGGAAUGGGAUUUAAAUGCUGCUAGCAUAUUAUGGAUUCUGUCAUCCCUCCAGGUGGGGAAUUAAUUUUUUUUCUCAGUUUACGAUGUAGCUUGGAAGAGCCAUUUCACUUGUGGAAGUAGAAGUGGGUAUCAGAAGCCAAGGAGGCUCCUGAAAUCUACCCCCAAAUAUUCAGAAGGUGACUUGGGUCACAUCUCAUUUGAAAAUACCUAUAUAUACAUAUAUGAGACUCAAGAGUUUUCUUCUUUCAAAAAGUUGCAUUCAUGACUUACUUACGGACAACUUCAAACUUGUGUAAUCCUUCAAAAACCCCCAUUUUCCUCUCCUGUCUCUUUUUCAGUAGACUGUACUCCUGUAUUUUAGUAGGAAAACUGAAAUUGUUUUCAGUGUGAAUAUGCGUGUUUACUGCAGCUAAAACAGCCACCUGCAAAAUUGUCCAGGAGAAAUAGGUCACAGUCCUGUAUGGCAAGAUUUAAUUCUGGUGUGAGGAGUUAUUUGUCAAGAUUCCCUGUUGUGUGUAUACCAUGAUUAUACAGAGCAUGCAAACUCAGCUUUAUGUAAUGUUUACCUGGAGGCCAUGUUUUUUUUGGGAUCAGAGAUUUUCAUUCAUGGAAUGGUUCUGCCUGCUUUAUCCUGUUGAAAGGAUCCCUGACCAUACAGCUUUUGCAUCAGUUGGGAUUCAGUACAUUUAUUUGGGCUCAUGAGUGUAUUUUUAGUUGGAUUCCUACUUGGUGGUAUUGUUCUCGUUAUCAGUUUGGAUACCCAGAUAGUGAUCUAUUUAAAAGUCCUUUCACUUCUUCCUGCCUCACUUGGUGAUCAGAAAGUGACAGCUUAUAACUUUCUGUCUCUUGGUAUUGAGGACUGUAAUCAAGGCUCAAAUAUCACUGUGGUAGAUACAAGCCCUUGGCUAGCUUCAGCAGCUUUUUUCUUAGCAGUGAUGAAUCAAUUUAAAUAAAGAAAAUCUGAGUAAAAUGUUACCAGAGUGAAAGCAAUAGUCCAAGAGGGAAACAAGUGAGCAACUCUGCAGCUUAACCUGGCUGCCUGUUCUUUAAGCAGGCAGCUCUCUUACUUCAUUGGCAGGAGUUGAAGAAAAAACGAAAUCGGAAGGUUCUGGUGUAUAUUGGCUGGGGAGCCAAGUUCAACCUAAUUUGCCCCCAGACCACAUUCUUUUGGAGCUGCUCAUCUGGUUUGUACUUCUUGGAUAGCCAAAAGACAGGGAGCUGACAUAACUGUAGGGCACUGACUAGGCAGCUCACAAAUGUUGUGUCCUUUCCAGAGGAGAAGGAGGAUGCUGUGCCCUUGCAGACUUUCUCCUGAACAGGCGUGGCCUAGAGCUCGCCAGUUUUGUAAUUUAUAAUGUGCUAUGUAAACACGCAGCGUGUGUGCGGUAUAGCUGCCCAGAUGCUUUAUUUGAUUGCAUCCGGAAGUACAUGUGCAACGGUCUCGGUGGAUUUAAACUACCCUUGCUCUAAAUCUCUAGACCCAGUAGGAGUUUCGGGUUGAGAGCAGGCAACGCAGAGUGUGUAACGGCUCAAACAUGCAGCAAACUGCAUGAUUUUAGCCUGAAAACUGUUAGGUGCAUUCCCCAGUGCCUGCAUGUGAUAAAGUUGUGCAGAACAUGGAUGUUUUAUAUUCUAGAGCUUCAGCAUAUAUCAGUGGCAUAUCUGAUUAUGUGUUGUCAUGCUUUAUCUAUUCUUUCCUUAUUUUUUUUUCCCUUCACCUCUUUUUCUGUGUGCAGCUGGGUAAAAAGAGAGGUUUGGAGUCUAGAAUAUUUUUCACAUGGCCCCUCAUAUGUUUUAAAGUUUAAGCAAGAGAUCUUCUCUUGCACUUUUUUUUUUUUUUGGCCUAAUAAACUUGUAAACAUGCUUUUUAUGCUCUGUGUAACUCCUGUUGUCUCUUUGCAAAUGCAGUUGUGUAGUCCUCUAGCUAUUCAGAUCCUCUUUCACAAAGAAACUAAAGCUGGCAAUUCCGGUGGAGUUGUCUGAACAGCAAAGAAGCUGGUGCUUGCUGUUACUAACUACAAGCCUGAGUCAAAUGUUUCAGUGCUUGUGCAUUGUUAGUCUUCAUUAUUUGGUAACAUGGUGUCAACACACAUACCAGUCAUUACAAAAACACCAGUGCAAUGUGGUAGAAAUAAAUUUCCAGUGUAGCAUUUGCCAAAAUUCAAAAGUGAAACUUCAAGGCAAUGGAAAACGCACCUUCUCAUUCAGGGGUGUUUUUAAACAUACCCCUGGAGAGAUGGGUUAGCGAAGUGCAUGACUUGGUGGGAGCAAACUGGCUGGUGACUUCUCAGAGCAAAAUCUCGUGGGCGCUGGUAUGGCUUCGUGAAUCAGCCUCUACUCUGUUUGUUGUUCAUCUGAGGUAUUGCUGUCAGUCAGCCUGCUUCUCUGCAGUGACUGGGCCCGGGUCGAGUUGUGUUAGCUGUCAGCCCCUCUCCUGGAAAGGGCAGAAGUACAGUAUCAACAGUUAAUAUCAAUUAGCAUCAACUAAUAAAUUCUGAGAACUUCAAAGAAUAAUAAAAAGUUUCCUUCUCAGGUGUAUGUGACUGAAAUGAUGCUGUGAUGCUUUUUGUUUUGCUUUUUUACAAAGUAUCUGCUACACAUUUGCAUGCUUGCCUCCCUAGAAUGUCUCUGGUAAAUCUCUGAUAACCUGCAUUAGUACCUGGGCUUUCACUUCUAUCUGCUUUCAGUAGGAGCUUCUUAUGUGCCUGCACUGUGGUCUGUGCUCUGUGCUCUGCUUCAAGGCAUGGUACAAGUACAUAUACACACCAAAGCCUCAUAUAAAUAGGAGGCAGGAGCCAUUUAUUGGGGAGGUAUUGUGUGAGAAGCAAGAAUAAUUAAAAGCAUUUCCAAUUCCCUUUAUAGGUCGAAUUAUUUUGGGAGUCACAGCAUUAGAAACCACUGAUGGCAGGGAGUAUCCAUGGUGCACAAUACUAUUUUUCAGAUAGGCACAGGAUGGAUAUUGCCAUGUGCAGACUUGCAGCUGCUCUAGGGCUCGGUGAAGCUCCUGAGUUAGGAGCAGACAGCUCACCUCCUCAAACUGCACCAAGUUAGGCACCAAGUCCAAAUUUUAGAUCUUUGGCACGUCAUCGUAGUUACUGCCUGAUGCUGGCAGCACUAUGUUUUUUUGCCAGUGAAGUUCCCUUAGUAUCCAAAACUGUUUAAGCCUUAGCAGCAAGGAGCCUCAGUCCUGAGUUAGAUCUGUAUUCAUAUUGCUACUGCACAGUGCUGUGUCCUUGCCUGUCCAUGGGCACUGCCUAGAAAGUCAGGCAAGUUCUUGUCCUUCCUGGACAACAGCAAGGAAAGGAGGUAGUAUGCCAUGGAGUUCAGGUUAGCUGACAGUGCAAUGUAACACCGUCUUCUGGUGCCUAGUCCAGUCCAAUUUCUAGAAACUCAAAACCAAGAAGCUUCUACCAUUCUUCUGUUAAUACUGUUGCAGAAGGUAGUACAGCCAUUUCGGACAUUUUUCUCUUGCGCUACAGCCUAAAACCUUCUUUGUUUAAUUUGAUGAAGAAGGUAGACAUUUCAUUUACACCUUAAGUGGGGCACACAACCAUCUUUUGGUACAUUAAGGUAAUGAUGCUUCCUUUGUGAACACAAAAGUGUAUUGUCUGAGAGGGCUGAUGUUCAGUGGCCUCAUGUGGGGGAGAGAGAGAAUUUUUUUUAAUAAAUUCUAAAAAACAACAGGGCUAACAAGCUAAAGGAAGAGUGGUGAGAGUCUGCUGUUAGCAGUGGAUUUCCAUGUUAAAGUUACUUCCAUGUUAAAAUAUGACAAGAGAGCUACCAUCAAUUCUGUGCAUCCAGGAUAUUUUUGAAGAGCUGCACUUGAUGUUUGGGCAGAUUCUGGCUUUGAACUUUUGCUAGGUUUUUAAAGAACACUACACACUCCAAACAAAUCUGCUGUGUUUCUUCCUGCCUCAGCAUUUUGCUUUUAUUUUACAUUUUAUGUACAGAUACUUUCAACAUUUUUGUAUCAAACAUGAAUUGCAAACUCUGUGGAAUUGUUGUUCCUCCCUGACAUUUUUGGUGUGUAAAUAGUUUUCCUCCGUGUGUCCCAGAUGAAGAUAUAGCAAUGUGGCUACCAUAGAGAGAGAGACCAAACGAUGCUGUAACUGUGCUGCUGUAUUUCUACCUGUGAUGUACUUGAAGGGGGAUGCCCUUGUCCCCUUGUCCACCUCCACUCUCAUUCUUUUUUAUCUCUUUUUUUUUUUUUUUAACCCAUUGCUGCUGGUGUUCUUUCAUAGGUGUCUUAUUUUGGUCUAAGUUUUUCUGGUGGUUUUUGUUUGUUUGUUUUUUUAAAUAACUGCCACCUUUUUCUUUCCUUCAUUGGACAAGUCAUCUUGUUUUGAGAUCUGUACAACUGUCUAGGUUUUUUAUGUCCUGAAGAAUGGAGGACCUGCUGGAGGAAGAUGUUUUGGACCAAUGUACUUCUGCUCUGUGACUGUGAAAUGUUAAUCUUUUUGUAACCUAAGAACAAAAAAUGUUUAGUAAAGGGAUAUAUUUUGUGUUUUUUCAAACUUUUCAGUGCAAUGAACAAAAGAGGAGGAUGCUGAAGAAGUGUAUGCGCAAAGUUUUAAAAUAAAAUUUUAAAUUAUAUAUUA